AUGACCGAAGCCAAGACCAACUCCGAUCUGCGGGCUGAUAUGACCAAGGGUAAGGAUCCGCAUGAGCUCCCCUGGUACAAAACCGAUUUUGAGGAGGUGCCCGACCCUGCCAAGACUAUUCUGGAGAACUACAGCAAGAUCCAGCCGGAUCGUAUUCUCCAGCAUGUGAUGAAUGUGUUCCCAUAUCCUUGCAUCGGUUCAUUCAGGUUCCUGGACAUGAGUAUCUCAAAACUGCCAGUCUACCCUGAGAUCCUCAGUCGAUUGAAGUCUGGCCAGAAACUCCUUGAUGUAGGCUGUGCUAUUGGCCAAGAAAUUCGGCAUUUGGUCUACAACGGCGUCCAAUCCGAGAACAUCUACGCAUCUGACCUCGGUAAAGACUUCUUCAGCAUAGGCUAUGACCUCUUCGCGGACCGUGAAACCCUCAAAUCCACCUUCAUUGACUCUGACAUUUUUGAUGACAACUCGGAUCUCGUGAAGACUCUCACCGAUAACAUGGAUAUCAUCAAUGCCGCCUCCUUCUUCCAUUUAUUUACCUGGGAUCAGCAGAUCACUGUUGCCAAGCGUCUUGUAAGCCUGCUCCGUGCGCAGCCUGGUUCACUUCUGGUUGGGCGCCAGGUUGGAAGGUUUGAUGCUGUAGAUCCAAGUGAGGCGAAGGGGCCGUUUCGGCAUAACAUGGAAACUUGGAAGAGGCUUUGGGAACAAGUGCAGGCGGAUACGGGGACAAAGUGGGUGGUUGAGGGUUGGGAGGAGGAGUGGGUUGAUACUAGUAACAUGAUGAAGGAGUUUCAUGGAGGAAUGGAAACUUCUAGGCUUUGGUUUAUUGUCAGGCGGACGUAG